GGGAACGCGCGAAGUCGCAUGGCACGCAUUUUGAUGCCUGUCCCGUAAAAAUGCUGCUUCGCAUCCAUGAUAUCAGCUCAACCACCCCUUACAUGCCCGAUUCACCCUUCUUCUCGUAUCAGAUACUAGCAGCAUUUCCCGCAAGUCGACUUACUGCAAUUCCACCAAGAUCUCUUACCCGUUGAAGGCUUCCGGACCCUCUGACCUGGCAAUCUUGCACUUGCAUCUUCCGCGACUUCAUUGCAAGUCACUAUGGACGAUUCCACGGCAUAUGAUUCACCAACCAAUGCCCUCUCUUCGGAGAGGAGUCCAAACUCUGCCCAAGAAGCGGCGCAACCAGUAUCGAGCAUGCCCACUGAGUCGGCUGAAGUAUCCGAAGAUGUCAAAAUGACAGACACUUCCGCACGCGACAUUAUUCCCAAACAAGACAGUGUGACACCGGCACCUCCCGGCACCUCCGACAACGCUCCAAAUGCCCAUCAUGCCCUUGACACGGGCAACAAUAACACGAGUCAGGUGGAAACUCGCGAGGAGAAUACCACGGGCAACGAGACCGAGGGUCGAGACGAAAACUCAAAGGAUGCGCUAGACACGGCCGCCCGGGAUCAUCUUAUCUCACAGACGCAUGCGAUCAUUCUGCCAAGUUACAGCACAUGGUUCGACAUGAAUGCAAUUCACGACAUCGAGCGCAAGGCUGUGCCAGAAUUUUUCAACAGUCGCAAUCGAAGCAAGACCCCCUCUGUGUAUAAAGAUUAUCGCGACUUCAUGAUCAACACCUACCGACUCAAUCCCUCUGAGUAUCUCACAGUGACUGCUUGCAGACGCAACCUGGCAGGGGACGUAUGCGCCAUCAUGCGUGUGCAUGCCUUCCUUGAGCAGUGGGGUCUCAUCAACUACCAGGUUGACGGCGAACACCGUCCGUCGAACGUUGGCCCUCCCUACACUGGCCAUUUCAAGGUCAUUUGCGAUACGCCGCGUGGUCUCCAGGUCUUCCAGCCCUCACCAGCCAACAAGACCAUGGAGGGUCAACAGAACGAAGAUACCGACAAAAAGGCUGGGAAAGGUCCGAAUAAGGCCCAUUCAACGGUGGAGGUACGCCGUAACAUCUUCCACGGGCACGCGAAAACGACUGCCGUGAACACUAUGAGAGACGGGUCAAAUGGGGAGGUCACCACUGUUAAUGGCGUUUCGAACUCCGAGGACGUGUCAAAGUCGCCAGAGACAAAGGUGAACUGUCACGUGUGUGGCAUCGACUGCACUAGGCUUUACUAUCACCACAACCCGCGAGACGGCAGCAAGCAGGUUAGGUUUGACGUAUGCCCCAGCUGCCAUAUUGGCAAUCACCUUCCAAGCAACCUAGAGAAGAGCGAUUUCACGCGUGCUUCGAACCCCACCUACACGUCUGUCCUCGAUCGGGACGCUCCCUGGAGCGAUGCCGAGACAAUGCGUCUGCUUGAGGGAUUGGAGCGGUUCGACGACGACUGGGGGGAGAUUGCCGAUCACGUAGGCACUCGAACCCGGGAGGAAUGUGUCCUCCGAUUUCUUCAGCUGGACAUUGAGGACAAGUAUAUCGACUCUGAAUUCAGCAAUCUUGACGGCUUUGGCGAGAAGCAGCUGCCUUUCAAUCAAGCCGACAUCCCCGUUAUGUCCGUGAUUGGGUUUUUGGCUGGAUUAGCAGACCCAGCUAGCACGGCGGCAGCGGCCCAGAAGUCGGCUGAUGAGCUCAAGCGCAGGCUACGUAGCCAGCUUGAGGGUGGAGGAAAGAGCCCUGGGACAUCGAUCAAAGGCAAGGGCAAGGACGAAGGCGGAGAUUCGGACGCCAUGGAAGUUGACCCGCAACACGACCUUACGACUGAUACCAGAGAGACGGCGACAGCCAAAACCGUCGCAUCCAUAUCCCUGGCCUCCAUUGGAGCGCGCGCUGCUGGGCUGGCGACUCACGAGGAACGAGAGAUGACUCGGCUAGUUUCCGCAGCGGCGAAUGUGACGUUGGAGAAGCUGGAAUUGAAGUUGAAAUACUUCAGCGAGAUGGAGAUUAUGCUGCACGCCGAGCGUCAGGAACUGGAAAAGGCGCGCCAUCAACUCUUCCUUGACCGACUGGCGUUCAAACGACGGGUUCAGGAGGUUCAAGAAUCUUUCAAGGCCGCCGCUCUCACAGGGGGUGAUCAGCUUUUACGCCUAGCCGAAGGCGAUGGUCUGACCCAUGGGGAUAGGCUUGGACUCCAGUCAGACGGUUCGGCAUCCACCGUACUGCCUCUAACCGGUGAAGAGCCAAUUCGAAGCCUUGAGCUUUAGACCACCCUGGCCCUAGGAGUGAUUUAGGAUGGCUUCGUGACGAUUCUGAUUAGUCGAACCGAGGAGUGCAGGCGGUGAAGGAAAAGGCAAGGAGGGAAAGCUUGGGACAAAUGCUUCGGUGCUGCUUUCUUUUACUUAACAGAACUCACGAGGUGGUGUGUUCUGUGGCUAUCUAUGUAAAAUGGGCGACAGCGGAGGGUUGCGUAAUGACAAACCCCUUAGUUGCCGUUGGGUUGUUUGGCUGCACUGCGUUCUGCACUUGUAAUCUUGUACCUGUAUGAAUAAGGUACCUUUGUCGCAUGGGCGCACGGACCACGACGUGGUCCAUAGGGGAUCCAGGGGGGAUCCACGCCAUGACUAAGGGCUUCGGAUAUCGGGGACCUCGGGCAUGAGGAUAUGACAGGGGCGGAUACCGGAAAAGACCGGAUAGGAUCUAAAUAAUAUAGUACCU